CUUCCGGGCACAAACACUGAGCCUAUUUCAGGCUCAUCAUCCUCUUCUACCCUGUAAUUUAAGUAAAUUAUUGAAAAUUUUGACGCAGACCAUGAAUAGUGCCGCUUUACCCAAAGAAAAGGCUUCAGAGCCCGAGGAAGAAGCUCGUCAACCGUCUGUUGAAACCAAAAUGCUUUGUAACCAGCCAAAGAAACUGACGUUUGCUAAAAACGUUGAUUUGACUGAAAAACCACCUUCGCAGAUAAGCAGCUCAUACAAGGUUGUGUUGAGUCAGCCUCCACUUGAGCUCUCUCAUAGCGAGAGGCUGAUCUGGCUGCAGAAGCGCCGCACGGCUGGCCUGUGGGUGCAAUGCGACGAAUGUGACCGCUGGCGGUAUCUGCCUAAUGUCCUCGACAGACACGAAUUGCCUAAGAAAUGGUAUUGUCGGAUGAAUACAGACCCUGAGUUCGCCAGUUGUUCUGUACCCGAAGCUCCUCUGCGUCUCCAUGAUGAGGAAGACUUGAUCCAUAGCGAGUAUGCAGCCGGGUCGCUGGUGUGGGCCCGCCUAGGUGGCUGGCCAUGGUGGCCGGCCAUGGUGGAUGACUGUCCCGACACUGAGCAAUACUACUGGCUUGAUGGCUUCUCUGAUAUACCCACUCAUUACAAUGUUGUGUUUUUUGAUGCUGUGGAAGUUACUCGAGCGUGGAUUGCUCCUGAACAGUUAAAACCAUAUUCUUCUAACAAAGAAAUGACAAAACUUUUGUUGAAAAAUAAGAAAUAUUAUAAUCGUCUUAAAGCGGCCAUAGCACAGGCAAAUGAGGCUGAAAAAGUUCCGUUAGAAAUUCGCCUAGCUCGUUUCAGCUUCAUAGCUAGACAUAAGGGAAAAGUUAUCAGUCCUAAAAAGCCAGAGAAAAAAGAUUUAAAGAAAUACCAGAAACAAUUAAAGAAGAAGUUUAAUGUUGAUUUUCCGAUUGAGUCUUCGGAUUCAGACGAUGACACUGUUGAGGACUUUAAGGCGAUGCAGAAAAAUAAUAACAACGUCAUUAUUUUGGGUACACCGAAAAAAAGGGCUAGGAAGGAAAACAAAUGUAGUGAAAUAAACGAUCAAAGUGUAGAAGAAAACAAUUUGCCCGGUGAUAUAAAUAUCCAAAAACCAAAUAACACCGAGACACAAAAUUCGACGAAUGUUGAAUCUUUUUGCAAUGGGAAUAAGCCAUCAAACUCUAUGAUAGUUCAAAUAGGAAGUACGGAGGCAGACUCUAUUGAUAAUGAUACUUCUGCAACGUAUGUGCCGGAGAGCGCCACCGAGCAGCUAAAUCUUACUAUCAGGAUGGAUACUCCAAACAGUGAUGAUUUUGACUUUUAAGUGAUACUUACCUACCUACGUGCAAUAAUUAGUUCUGCAACGUAUGUGCCGGAGAGCGCUAUCGAGCAGUUAGGUCUUUCUUACCAUCAGGAUGGUUACUCCAAAUAGUGAUGAUUUUGACUUUUAAGUGGUACCUACCUACCUACGUGUAAUUAGUACCUAUUUAUAUUUAAGUUCACGUGUUAGCUCUUACGAAUGUAAUAAAUGUUUGAUUUUGAUUUAAA